AUGAACGAAGACCUCCACCUGGGCCAAGGGGCUCGAUAUUCUGUCAUGGUACUCGUAUUCUUCGUGACAUACACGCUGGCUCAGAUCCCGUCCAAUGCCACCGUGAGACGAAUUGGAACACGAUGGGUAAUAUCAUCGCUGAUUCUCGCCUGGGGCAUUGUGUCGAUCGGUUUCGGCCUGACAACAUCGUGGAAACAGUUGGUCGCGCUACGACUGGUCCGGGGACUGUUCGAGGGAGGCUCUUUUCCCAGCAUUAUCUUUCUCAUGUCGACGUGGUACGUGCGUUAUGAACUGCAAAAGCGAUAUGCUGGAUACUACUUGCUAGGAAUCACGGCAUCCGCGUUUUCUGGGAUCCUGGCGUACGGACUCACGCAGAUGGAUGUCGUUGGGGGAAUGGAAGGCUGGCGGUGGAUCUUUAUCAUGGAGGGCAUCCUCACUUGCAUUGUGGCCGUACUGGCAUAUAUCUUCUUGCUCGAAUUCCCAGAUAGAGAGGCGCAAACCCAACCUCGAUGGGGCCGACUGGGCGAAGUCGAAUGCCAGUUUACCCUGCACCGGCUCAGUCAAGACCGCGGCGAUGCCAGCCUGGAGCCAUUUUCACCGAGAGCCUUCCUUCGAUCGGACCUGAAGCUCAAGACCUGGGCGCUCGCCACUCUCUUUCUGGCCGUCACGGCAGUGGCAUACUCCAUGGCGUACUUCCUCCCCAUCAUUCUGCACAACGGAAUGGGCUUCGGCGUGGCGGCUUCCCAGUGUCUGGUUGCUCCCCCGUACGCCUUUGCUGCCAUUUUCAUGUUUACGGGCGCGUGGGAGGGUGACAAAUACCGCAUUCGGGGACCAAUUAUUAUCUUCAACUCCAUUCUCGCCAUUGUCGGUCUCGCCAUUGUCGGUCUCGCCAUGAUGGGUUAUGCGGCAUCCUCGGGAGCCCAGUACACAGGCGUCUUCUUCGUUGCGGCAGGGGUCAAUGCAAGCAUCCCAGCUAUCAUGGCAUAUCAAGCCAAUAACAUCCGGGGGCAAUGGAAUCGAGCCUUUGCCAGUGCAUCGUUGAUUGGCUUUGGGGGGAUCGGCGGGAUCGUGGGUGGUGUUGCAUUUCAGCCAAGUUCUGCCCCACGCUACAUCCCCGGCAUUUGGACGCCCAUUGCGUUAAUGCUGCUAGUCAUAAGUGUGGUAUUGGCGUUGACUGUCUUUUUUCUUGUUCAGAAUCGGCGAGCCGACAGACAAGGCGUCGUUUUAGAAGGGUUUGAUGGAUUCCGAUAUACUAUCUAA